AUGUCCGAUUCCGAGGAGCCUCUUGACCUCGUUGAUGAGGGAGACGAUCUUUUCGGCGACGAAGACGAUGCUGGUGGUUCUCCACCGGCUCAGGUUCUGAGCGACAAGGACCUUGAUUCUGACGCGGAGCGGGCCGACGAUGUCGUGGGCUACGGGAGCGACGAGGACGCUCCGCGCCACCAAGAUAAAGUCAUUGCUAGUAUCCAAGUCUUUAGGCAUCGGACGCCCAGGUCCAAAGACGGCACACUCCAAUCUCUCAAGGUCCCUAAUUUCAUCAAAUUCGUUCCCGAACCGUACGAAUCCAAGUCGUUUGAGCCAUCGAGUUGGGAUAUCGAGAACGCAAAAUCUGGAAACAAAAAGAUCGCAGUCCGAUACUACAACGACCCCGAAACCGGAGAACUGAAGAGCAACGCGAUGAUGUACAAGUGGAGCGACGGAUCCGUCUCCAUGACAGUCGGCGACCAGCACUUUGCCAUUCAAAAUAAGGCGACCGUCCCACCCCCUAACAAACCCUACAACGAGCUCCAGGACGGCCAUUCUUAUGCCGCCGCGGCGCAUUUGAGCAGUGGCCUCUUCCUAGUCGUCGGACACAUCGCCGAAGAAUACACGGUUCGCAUCAACAAAGACCUCGAAGACGAUGCUCUCCAGCGCCUUGCCAUGCGCAUGCGGGAAAUCAAGGAGAAGGAGGAAGCCAGUAGAAUCAUCAAGACAACCCACGAUCCUGAACUACAACGCAGGCUUGCGGAGAUGGCCGAGAAGGAGCGCGCCAAAGCCCAACGCCGUCGUGACAACGCCGCGGCAAAGAUGGAUGGUGGUUCUCGUUACGGUCGUGGCGGCCUUCAAAUUGACGAUCUUGAGGGCUCGCGCCGAGCAUCCGGAGCCGGAAGGAAGCGCGGUGCGGCGGGCGGAAAGGCCAAGAGACGUCGACCCGAAUAUGAUUCGGAUGAUGAACGGCCUGCUGGAGCGCGUCACCAGGAAGACUACGAUCUCGCAGAUGAUUUCAUUGCUCCUAGUGAUGAAGAGGAGGAAGAGGCGGAUGAAGAUGAGGAUGAAGAAGAGGUCCUUGACGAUGAAGAUGAGGACGAGGAAGAUAGGCCUCGGACCAAGAGGCAGAAGACGACCGAUGUGUCGGAAGAGGAGGAUGCUGAUGGUGAAGAGGAUGAUAUGGCCCCGGCUACUAUCAGUGAGCAUGCCGGGAGGUCGAGGAGGCGCAAUAUCAUUGAUGAUGAUGAUGAGUAA